GAUCUUAUAGCGGAGCAAGAUAGCCCGCUCCUGCUAAAUGCAAUGGGCUGACGUGUAGUAGCUAUGGAGGGGAUCCUGGGCAUUUUCCACGCCCAUUUUAGCAACCUGAGCCUACCUGACCCGACCCGACUCGCACUGUAAUCAAUGUUGCGGGGCAACAGUUUGUGUGGGUCAGAUUCAUAAAUCUGUCAGUUCAAACUUCGCUAUAAGAUCUUUGAGCGGGACGGGGCCCAACGUCCGUGUCACGUGGCGUCACAGGCCUCCAUCCUCCCUACACACGUGACGGUGAGUGACCCCCAGGAGCGUGAGCGAUGGAGAACAAGCGUAACGUGCCGAUUAUCGAGUGGGAAGACAUGGACAAGCGCAAGUUCUACCUGUUCGGGGUGUUGAUGACCAUGGCCAUCCGCCUCAGCAUCUACCCGUUCACCCUGAUCCGCACACGCCUGCAGGUGCAGAAGGGCAAGAGCCUGUACACGGGAACGUUCGACGCCUUCGCCAAGAUCGUGCGGGCGGAGGGGAUGCCGGGCCUGUACCGGGGCUUCCUGGUCAACACCUUCACCCUGAUCUCCGGCCAGUGCUACGUCACCACCUACGAGUUGACCCGCACCUACCUCUCGCGCCGCAGCAGCAGCAACGUGGUCAAGUCGGUGGUGGCCGGAGGGGCGGCAUCGCUGGUGGCCCAGACCAUCACCGUGCCCAUCGACGUGGUGUCCCAACACCUGAUGGUGCAGGGCCAGGCCAUGGGGCGGUUCCAGGCCUCGUCUCCCCCGCGCCAGCCCCCCCCCUCCUCGCCGGGCAGGCCCUUCAUCGGCAACACCAAGGACGUGGUCCUGGGCAUCGCUCGCCUCGACGGUCCGCGCGGGUUCUACCGCGGUUACGCUGCCUCUCUCAUGACCUACAUUCCCAACAGCGCUCUGUGGUGGCCCUUCUACCAUCUGUACACAGGUGCGGGG